GAAACGAUUUAAAGCACCCAGCAGCCUGCCAAAUAAAAAACCACUAAAAUAGCAAAUAGGCAGCACUCCGACCCUGAACGACUCGAACACACUUGUCUGGUUUUAGGUUAAAACAAUAUGGAGAAUGUGCUUCAGUGGGAUGAGAACAAGGUGAACAAAUGGUUGGCAUCAAUAGGAUACUCGGCUUAUGAAAAGCAAUUCAAAGAACACGGCAUCACUGGAGAUGUUUUAAUCAAUCUUGAUCACGAAACGCUCAAGGAUUUAUCCAUGCACUCGGUUGGACAGCGAAUGGACAUUCUUAAACACAUAUAUACCCUCAAAGCCCUUUGGCGCAUACCGUUAAACGAAUGGGAUUACGUUCCUCCGACUGUUUUAUAUGAAAAUGAUUGGCUCGGACAAAACGGGAUGGCUGAUUAUCGAAAAAUCGAGGCUGCAUUUCAAGAACGAGAUGGACAUUUAAAACAACUUACCGAAGACUUCGGCCGAGUGACUUAUGAAUUACACCGACUACGUGAAGAAAUGAAUCGAAUGUUCAAGGAUAAAAAGCCUCUUCCUACGUUUGAGAUCGACAAAUCACCUUCGACACCGCCUAUCAUGCAAAAAAGCCACUCUCAUUUUGUAAAUGGCGUGCAGCACAAGUCAGGGCACCUGCUGACUCCUCCUACUUCAACGUUACACGCAGCAACAGACUAUUUCAACAAUGGCGCCACAUCUUCUUCCUCGUCACACCACGACAAAUCAUCCUGUUCAAGAACCCCGAGCGACGAGCCUCAUCAUCAGCUCAAAUACUCGCCGAGCGUGACGAUAAACGAUGGCGGCGCUAUCAAAGUAUACGGCGAGAAGUUAUCCAACAGCUCCAAAGUCGAGCUAGAGUCAUCCAAAAAUGUACGGCUUUUGCUAGAUGAUCCGUGCUCCAAAGUUAUCACUUCUGCGUUGAAAAAAUAUAACGUCAUGGACGACUGGCAGCAGUAUUCCUUGUGGAUCCAGUACGGUAGUCAUGAUAACAUGCAAGCGCCACGGCCAACACCUCCAUCAUACAUUGUCGACGACGACCAGCAUAGCCACAGCAGCAACGCGCGAUCUGCUCAUCCUCAACAUAGCACCAGUAGUGGAAGCAAUAGUAGCAAAAAAGGGCAAUUGGAUCAUCCAAAGACAGCGAUCACGUACGGUCGCGUCGAAUAUGAAGUAGUUGUCCCCGUCAUGUCAUCCUCUAUAUCUACGCCCACGCCCUCGACUUCGUCAGCAACAAACACACCACCUUCGUCAUCCACUACUACGGCCACUAAUAAUACUCUGACAAACUCAUCCGAAACAUCUUCUUCACAAGCACCAUCAGCACCAGCACCAGCACCUACGACCAAUACUCCAUCCGCCACCACAACAGUGACCCCGCCAGCUGUCAAGCGCGCGGGCGCAGCAGCAGCAGCUGAUGAAAGCAAGCUUCGCUCCCUUGCCCAACUUAUGAAGACGAAACGCAUUCGCAUUGGUGAGAAGGAAGCCAAUGAUGCGAAAGAGUUACUCAAGAAGCUUUUCUCGGCUCAAAGUGACGACGAGCGACAAACCUAUGCCCAGCAAGCGGCUGAGUAUGCCAACAACUAUGGUGUGCGCGCACUCAAGACCUGCCACUUGUAUAGCGCUGUGUCGUCCGAGCUGUUUGCUAAAAAGAUCAAGUCACCGCAAGUUCUUGCAGCCAUGGACACCGUCAACUUUUUGAUCGAUUCAAACGACGUGCUUCAUGGCCAACUCGAGCCACAUUUGGCCACCUUGAUUGCUCCUCUCUUGGACCUUCAAGGCGACAAGCAGCAAAAGACCAAGGAUACGGCUGUAGAGCUUGCCAUGAGACUGGUAACACAUCUAAAUCCCACGGCAACCCGACCCAUCAUUCAUGUCUGUUUUGGUGGUCUUGAAAACUCGCGCAAGUGGCCGACAAAGAUGCUAUCCUUGAAAAUCAUCGAGGAGCUUGCCCAGAAAAAUCCCAUGCAAUUGCUGGCGUGUAUUCCAGACAUCAUCCCGAUCGUGUCCGACUGCAUGUGGGACACCAAGGCUGAGGUCAAGAAGGCCGCAACAAAGUGCAUGAGCACCUGCUGUAAUCUCUUGGAUAACAAGGAUAUUGAACGAUUCAUCCCCGCUGUGAUCGAGUGUAUCAACCAUCCAGACAAUGUACCAGAAACAAUUCACCAGCUCGGUGCGACUACAUUUGUUCAAGAAGUCGAUGCUGCCACGCUCGCACUCAUGGUACCCUUGCUUGCUCGUGGCUUACGCGAGCGACAAACAGCUAUCAAGCGCAAAUCGGCCGUGAUCAUCGACAACAUGAGUAAGCUCGUCGACGACCCAGAUGUGGCCGCACCUUUCUUGCCUGUUCUUCUCCCUGCUUUGGACAAUGUCAAGGAUGUUGUCGCUGAUCCCGAAUGCCGUAGUCAGGUGGAAAAGGCUUUGGCCACUCUGAAACGCGUCGGUGGUGGCGAACAGACUGUAUUGAGUAUCACAGAAAAGCGCGACAAGGUGACAAAGACAUUGGAUCACUUGAUGCCAACCAAGCUUGAUGGUUUUUGGGCACCUGUACGAAAGUACAUGGUCGAGCUCGCUGUGGCAUUGUCUUUAGCCAAGGAUUUUAGCAAGAAAUCGUGGGUGGAUGCGAUCGCUCCUCAUGCUGGCACGUGGCUACUCGUUUCUGGUCGUGAGUCCGGUGACUGGGGAGAGGAACAAGAAAAGGAAUCCGAAAAGCUCGCUUUAGCUGCGUUGUCACAUUGCGAAGAGGCGGUCGCAGUACAUACCGGCGAAGAAGAAGACGACGACGAAGGCGAAGAGCUGUGCAACUGCGAAUUCUCCCUUGCCUACGGUGCCAAAAUUCUGCUGAACCGCACUGCAUUGAAGCUCAAGCGAGGCCGUCGCUACGGUUUAUGUGGGCCCAACGGAUGCGGCAAGUCAACGUUGAUGCGUGCGAUUGCAAACGAACAGCUGGAAGGCUUUCCUCCCAAGUCGGUAUUGAAAACCGUGUAUGUCGAACAUGACAUUGAUGGCUCCGAAGCCGAUACUGGGCUGGUCGACUUUAUUGCCCAAUCCAAGGGCGUCGAAUACAGCAACAAGGAUGAGAUUGCCAAGAUUUUGAGAGACUACGGUUUUAGCGAAGACAUGGUCAAGUACCAAAACAUUGGCUCGCUCUCUGGUGGCUGGAAGAUGAAGCUUGCUCUGGCGCGUGCUAUGCUUAUGAAUGCUGAUAUUCUGUUGCUGGACGAGCCAACCAACCACUUGGACGUUGUCAAUGUCGCGUGGCUUGAAAACUAUUUGCUCGGACUCAAGCAUGUCACAUCCAUCAUUGUAUCCCACGACUCUGGUUUCUUGGAUCAUGUCUGCUCGGACAUUAUUCACUACGAAGGAAACUACAAGCUCAAGCGCUACAAGGGCAACUUAUCUGAAUUCGUAAAAAAAGUGCCUCGCGCUCAGUCGUAUUACUCGCUUGAAGCUGCACAGAUUACUUUCCGGUUCCCUGAACCAGGUUAUCUCGAAGGUGUUAAGACCAAGGAACGUGCUAUUCUCAAGAUGAAGGAUGUCGACUUUCAGUAUCCUGGUAGCUCGCGCAAGCAGCUCAAAAACAUCACCAUGCAAUGCUCACUUUCGAGCCGUGUUGCUGUCAUCGGUCCCAACGGCGCCGGCAAGUCUACGCUGAUCAAGCUGCUGACGGGCGAAGUCGAGCCUCAGAGCGGUACUGUCUGGAAGCAUCCCAACUUGCGCAUUGCCUAUGUCGCCCAGCACGCCUUCCACCACAUUGAAAAGCAUUUGGAUAUCACUCCUAAUGAAUAUAUCCAGUGGCGUUAUGCUACCGGUGAAGACCGUGAAGAACUCGAAAAGGUCGAUCGUGUCGUCACCGAAGAGGAGGAGAAGCAAAUGUCACAAGCGUUCGUGAUCGAUGGUGAAAAGCGCGUGGUGGAAGAAAUUGUGGGUCGGCGCAAGCUGAAGCAGAGCUACGAGUACGAAGUCCAUUGGGUUGGCAAGUCGUCUAUUGAAAACAGCUGGAUCCCGCGCAAUCGACUCGAGGCCAUGGGUUUCGGUAAAAAGAUUGCAGAGGUCGAUGCUCAAGAAGCCCACAAGAUGGGCUUGACUCGACCUUUGACUGCUAAGGAAAUUGAAAAACACUUGACCGAAGUCGGCUUGGAGCCAGAGUUUGCCACUCACUCGCGUAUUCGUGGUCUUUCGGGUGGACAAAAGGUCAAGCUCGUGAUAGGUGCUGCCAUGUGGAACAGACCACAUAUGCUGGUGUUGGACGAACCGACCAACUACCUGGACCGUGAAUCACUGGGUGCGCUGGCAAGUGCGAUUCGCGAGUACGGCGGCGGUGUCGUGAUUGUUACUCACAACCGAGAGUUCUCAGAGGCACUUUGUUCUGAAGUAUGGAAGGUUGACGAUGGUAAUCUUGUCGCUUCCGGACACAAUUGGGUAUCCGGUCAAGGUACAACAGUAGUCAAGGAAGAAGAGCAAGAGGAUAUGGUCGAUGCUCAAGGAAAUACAAUCAAGGCUGUCAAGAAGAAGGAGAAGUUGAGCUCCAAAGAACUGCGUAAAAAGAAGAAGGAGCGUAUGGAGCGCAGAAAGCGCGGUGAAGAAGUGUAUUCGGAUGAAGACGAGUGGUAAACUUGUCUCUGUCAUCCAUUUGUUCCUUACUAUGUUUCAAUACUACAUACUGUUCUCUUUCGCUUUGUUGCUCUUUCCAUUUAAUGCGAAAAAAAUUUGUUAUAAUAAAUUCUAUUAAUCAUUCAAUUUA